CGGGAUUGCGACGACGAGACUGUCCGUACCAUGCCAGCCCAGCGGAGGCCCGCCGUUGCUUUGCUCCGUUGCUCUCCGACCAUUGUGUUUGUCGCGGGAUGGGAUCUCCAGGCUGCCUGACGCUUCGUCCGGGUACUCAGUCUUGUCCAGCCCACUUUGUCAAAGACCAUCUUCCGAUCCCUCGAGCCCUCGAGCCUUCGACCUCCCUCCUCAUUAUCAUCAUCGCACUGCAACAAGCCUUCCAAGGCAUUCGCAUGCCUUCCUCAAUUGUCAGCUUUUACAUACCUCGACACACCUCGCACCUUUCGCACCACUCGCGCCUUUGCAGCCAUGGCCAAAGCGCACGCACUACCACUCUAUCGCACUUGGAGCAACAUCACACCACAACCACUGGCUCGGCAGAGUAGCAGAAGGAAAAUCUUCACUACGAUCUUCCUCGCAUCCCUCACCUUUGCAUGCCUCCACCUGAGCUACGUCUCUCUUGUAGACCCACCAGGCUCGCUUGAUCAUGCCGCCCACGGGCGGACCAUGGGACACGUGAAGGAGACCACCCUCAAGGCCUCUCUUGCCACCAUGAUUGGCGCUUUGUCUACCAGGGCCGACAGCAGCGACAGCAGCAGCAGUGAAGGAAGGACGAUCACCGGAGAUGGGACAGAUGCGGAGGGCGCCGACGACACCAUCUUUGCCCACUCACAAGCUCGAUUUGAGGUGAUUAAAGGCAUUCCCAACAGUACCUCUUGCCUUCCCAUAGCCACAGACUCUCAACAGGAGGGUACAAAAUCGUCUUCCUCCCAUGUACGUCCAGCACUCGUAUCGUCCGGCCCAAAUCACGCCGUCUCCAUCGUGGCGGGUCUUUCAGGUGGUCUGAUUGGCCUCUUCGUCGCCAUCCUGGCUGCAUUGGCCUGGCAUGGACGCAAGGAGAACCUCAGGAGGUAUCCACAGGGCGAAGGCGAUGCCGAUUCUCUGGAUCACCUCCGCAGAGUGAAUGUGGUAGACCGAAGACCCUUUCGCGUCGCAGUCUGGGACAGGCAAUACCGAAACAGUCCUCGCGCCGGCUGGAAUUACAUGACGUCACUUGUUCCAGGCCUGCGCAUGGGAGAACCGUCUGGAUUCAAUGCUCCAGGACCGAGCCCCGCCAUUGGUAGCUUUUCGAUCAUUGCCGAACCCAGAGAGGCGGCGCUUCCUAGUCGCAGAAGAAAGGAGCAAAAAGCAGAUCCACCCUCUUAUUACGGCGAGAGCGAAGAGGUGACCAAAGGUUUGUCGAGCUAUGAGCUGGGUCUGAGCGGGUAUCACUUCCCUGCAACAGCAGAAACGCUUGACCAGGAAUCAGACGUGACACAAGAAAGGUACGAAGGUGAUGCAGGCGACAGCUUUCACGAGGAACGUCGUCUCACAAGGAUCAGCGAGCAAGAUGGGUCAGACACCAGCCCUGCAGAAAGUCCUCAUUACCUAUCCUCUCCGUCGCCACACUCGACCCACGACCUCCUUAAUGCCUCACUGCACGUCAGUGCUCCUGUAGCCGAAGUAGGCAUUGUGGGUCACAAUGAGCAGCGUGGCUCGUCCUGCGGACACAAGGUCUGGAGGAAAUGA